AUGGGCCCCUGUACCGCCUCCUCUUGCUGCUGCCAGGCCCGUAAUCUGCCAUGGGCCCCCGUACCGACUCCUCAUGCUGCUGCCAGGCCCGUAAUCUGUCAUGGGCCCCUGUACCGCCUCCUCAUGCUGCUGCCAGGUCCAGAGUGUGUCAUGGGUCCCUGUACGGCCUCCCAUUGCUGCUGUCUCCAUCGCCACACUCUGCCAUGUGCCACUUUCAGGUCUCCUCACACUGCUGGUGGGUUCCAUUUUUUCAUAGGGUGCUGUAUGGCCUCCCAUUGCUGCUGCCUCCACCGCCACACUGUGGCUCCACACUCUGGUUUUGGCCCCGUGACUGCCCAAAUGAGUGAAGUGUGCGGUGAUUCUAAGAUCGACGGCACUCAUCUGCAUGUCAUACUGACUGACAGUAUUAUUUCUCUUCCCCAGCAGACUCCAAGGGCAUUUAAAUUAAAGGUACAGUGUUCUGCACUAAUAUAA